CAGCAAGAAAAAUCGUCACUACCCAUCUCAAUUUUCUCGAGAAAAUCCACCAAUUCUGCGGCAUGAAACUGAGGAGCAGAAGGAUGUCUGCUUCUGGGCUCGCCUACCCUCUCAUCCUUUUCCUCUUCUUCAUCCUCAUUCAAGCAAAUGGGGCGGCGCCGGAGAACGGGACGGCGGAUAUGGUGCCGCUAAUUGAGGGGGCGGAGACGGCGAUGCUGUUCAACGAGAGCCGGCGGCGGCUGGGCAGCUUCCAGAUCUGCGCUUUGUGCACCUGCUGCGGCGGCGGCGGCGGAAAAGGCUACUGCUUGCCGUCGCCUUGCUGCUACGCCAUCAACUGCAAUAUCCCCAAUAGGCCCUUCGGCUUCUGCUCUUUCACCCCCAAAGCCUGCAACUGUUUUGGCUGCCAUCUCUAGCGCAAGAGACUACCCGCCCGCUUUACGAAGAUCAGAUGACGAUCGUAUUCACUCGAUCAAGAAAACAAGAAAGUAAAAGAAAAAGCCUUUUUAGGUGCUCCCAAACACGCCCUAAAAGUCUAGAAUCUCUCUCUCUCUCUCUCUCUCUGGUUGUGUUUAUUAAUUAAUUUAGUUAGCGUUCUUGAUUCUGUUUGGCGAGUGUGAAUAGGGAGAAUAUCUGUUCCUCUGCAGCCCGUUUAUUUUUGCCAAUUGGAGACAGCUAGUUCCAGAUCAGUUCUCUCUUCCCCUUCUUUGAUCUUCUUUUUUUUUUCCCCCGAAGCAGCAAAACCUUGGAGGGGAGAAAGCAAUAUGUGGAUCUUUUCAUCUUUCUCAAGAUUUUCUUGGAAAAUUAGAUGUUGAA